AUGCCGAUUCGCGAAAAGAUCAAGAGCUUGUUGCACAGGCACGAUGAUGAGACGACUCCUCCCAGUAGUCCUGGUCGUCAGUCUCGCUAUGAGGUUGCUCCGCAAGGAGUGAGCCCUCAGAGUCAGCGGAGUGAGAGGCCAAUUUCAGGCGCAGAUCAGCCUUCGCAAGCUUCGCCUGCAAGAUCCCGAUCCAAGCUGCGCAGGUCGCUUGACCGCAGGUCUGCCCCUGGUGCAGGCGACUCAAUUGGUAGACAGAGUCUCGACGGCAGCAAGCGCAAGAGUCUUGAUCAGCGUGCAAUUAAUGCUGGCGAGGCUCCAAGCGUGCCUGCAGUUCCCAGCACUUACAAGGACGAGGCAAUCGCCCGUCCCCGAGUCUCGCAGGAUGCCGAAACACUGGCAGCCAAGGAGAAAGCUCGCAGAAGUUCAAACGUGAUCAACUUCAAUAACACCAACAGCACCGCUGCUUCCCAACCACUCUCAGCCAAAUCUGAUAGGUAUUCAGAAGACGUUGCUGAUUGGAACAUUAUGAACUCGGAAAAGCCAAAUCCCAAUCAUGCACCAGCACCGCUGAACGUCAACAAGCAGUUGGUCGACAGAUCACGACAGUCUUCGACCUCGUCAUACUCCACCGCGCCUACGCCUGGAGUUGGCCAAGCUGCAGUUUCGCGCAAGGCCGUCGGUUCUGACACUGUGCGCGAUGUUGAUGGCAGAAGGGGAAGCGUCGCGAGCACCAAGCACAAGUCGAGACUUAGCAUGGACAAGCCUCUGCCAGCUCCACCAAAGCAGAUCGCACUGAGUGAGGAUCCGGCUUUCGGGCAAUUCCUCCCCAAAGACCACAACUACAUUGUCAAGGAUGCUGCCGCGACGCCUAUGCUUGAAGGCAUUGUGGACCUCAGAAACACCGUCGACACAGAUGUGACCGAAACAUGGGCCCCAGCUGUUGUCCACGAAACCGUCAUGCCGGAGAUUCAUCACAUUCGCGAAGAAGUCGUCACUCGCGAAAUCCACAACCACGACGUCUACCACCGCAUCUUGCCCAUCAUUGACAUCGAAGUCCUCCCUGCAAGACACUUUGUACCCACCGGAAAUGGCGAAGAACUGAUGGAGAUCUCCGCUGAUGAGAUUCCUGGUAGAACUGGCUACAACCAGCAGUGGUUCAUUGGCGAGAUGAUGUCCAAGCUCCCCAAGGACUCGAACUUCUUCAGAGAGCCGCUCCGCUUCACAGCCAGAGAGUUCCCCGGAACCGAGGGCGAUUACAAGGAAUACGUGCGUAACGGCAUCCCGACCACCGAGACGACGUGGGUCCACCCACCGGUUCUUGACGACAUGAUGUACCUCGCUGGCCAGACAGAGCCGUUCCACUUUGGAUGCUCGAACCCCGCGGACAACGGCCUCCACAUUCGCGCGCCCAACGGGCCAGUGGCUGGGUCAUCCCGUUACCACAAGGUGCAGCUGGAGCGCAGAGUGCAGGCGAUCGAGCAGGCAGCAGGAUCGAUGAGAAACGAGUCGGUUGGCGACUAUCUCAAGGCAGUCCCUUCUGGCGAGGCAACAGGCCAUGAGGCGCUGACACCCCAUGCAAGAUAG